AUGAAGGCAGAUUCCAUUUCCACUCUUGGAUGUCGAAGCUUGAUAUUUUUGGGUUUGUGGCAACUCUCUGCAAAUGAUAUGAAUCUCUGGUGUCAUAGCAGCUUAAUCCAUAUCGGGGUUUUGCAAAGGUUGUUAAUAUUAGCUUCUUUGCAAAGGUGUGGUUUCGGUGCUGUAAUUGUGGGCAGUCAGCACAAAUGUUGUGGCAUUUGUUGGUUCUUGUAUGCUGUGGCAUGGUUUCCAAAAGGGGCAACGUUGUUUUAUGCUCUCAUUUCGUGUUUCUUGGUCUGUGUUGGUUUAAUGAUCUCAAAAGACUGCCGUGUUGAUGGAAGAAGGACGCUUUUUCUCCAUGCGAUCUCUGUUUUGAAUUUAUUAUAG